UAACAAACUGGGAUGGAGUUGUUAGCCUCUCAAUAAAUAACUUCAGUGUUAUUACCUGAUUGAUUUAAAAUUUAUCUAGUUCUUGUGUAGUGCAAUGUUAUUUGUUCUACCUUAUUUAUAAUUUUGGUUAUUUUCAAUCGCCGUAGAUCCAAUAAAACUUUUUCACUAUGAGUUUCUUUGGAUUUGGCCAGAGUGCUGAGAUCAACAUUGUGCUAGAUGGUGCAGACACAAGAAAACAGGCUGAUAUCAAGACUGAAGAUGGAAAGAAGGAAAGGCACUUGCUGUAUUAUGAUGGCGAGAGUGUAUCUGGAAAGGUUAAUAUCUCUCUAAAGAAGCCAGGAAGCAAAUUAGAACAUCAAGGAAUCAAAAUUGAAUUUAUCGGACAAAUAGAGCUCUACUACGACAGAGGCAACCACCAUGAGUUUACGUCGUUGGUUAAAGAGCUUGCCCGGCCAGGAGAGCUUUUCCAAAACACUACAUAUAACUUUGAGUUUCUGAAUGUAGAAAAACCGUUUGAGUCUUACACAGGUUCCAAUGUCCGAUUAAGAUACUUGUUGAGGGUGACAGUUGUAAGACGGAUUUCCGAUAUUGUAAAAGAACUGGAUUUGGUUGUUCAUACUCUGUCAUCGUAUCCCGAUAUGAACAACAGCAUCAAAAUGGAAGUAGGAAUUGAAGACUGUUUACACAUUGAAUUCGAGUACAACAAGUGCAAAUAUCACUUGAAAGAUGUUAUAGUAGGUAAAAUUUAUUUCCUACUGGUUCGAAUCAAGAUCAAGCACAUGGAAAUCGCCAUAAUUAAGAGAGAAACUACAGGGUCAGGGCCACACACCUUCACAGAAAACGAGACCAUCGCCAAGUACGAGAUCAUGGACGGUGCGCCAGUUCGAGGGGAGAGCAUCCCUAUCCGAGUGUUCCUAGCUGGCUACGACCUCACCCCCACCAUGAGGGACAUCAACAAGAAGUUCUCCGUCAAAUACUUCCUCAACCUGGUGCUAAUGGAUGAAGAGGACCGUCGUUACUUCAAACAACAGGAAAUAACCCUGUGGCGGAAAGGUGAGAAGGCGUACAAAGCGGGGCAUGGCCCGUCGCCCCACGUCCCUUCACACCUGGUGUCGGGGGAGGGUGGACCUCGCGCCUCGGAGCCCAUUGUGCAGCACCCACCAUCGUCUGCGCCAGUGGAAGACAUGAAGAGGGAAGAUGAGACUCCUCCGCCCUCGCAAGAGGAAUAGCCCCCAGCUUCCCGCGCCGCCCCCCUCUAGUCAGGAACCCCUGAGAGUCUGCCUGUAUGUGUCUAAUGUAAGGACAAAGUAUUAAGUCCUGAUUUUUGUUUUACACAAGUGUUCAAGUUUACACCUUUCAAACCUAUUGUUGGUUCUUUCCUUGAACAAAGAGUAUGGUAUCAAUAAUUGAUUAAGUUGUGAAAUUGGUGAAGAUUUAAACCUGAAUGAUAAUUUUUGUUUUCCAUUUUAAAACAUUUACCCUUUAAAAUGCAGUUUAAAAGAAAUUAUACCUUUUUAAACUGUUAACAGGUUCUAAGUUAAUUUUAUAGUUACUCUAAUUUGAAUUUUUAUAAAAUUAAAUUUUACUAUACAGCUGUAAAAUAGACCUAUAAACUAUAAAAAAUAUAAACUGUAAAAUACAACAAUAUGAAGCAAUAGGUACUCCUCUAUUAAGUGACCAGUGGCAUUGUGACUAAGAAAUAAUAAUACAUUAAACCAAUCAGAAAAUUCAGUCAAAUUUAGGUAGAAAAUAUCUUUCAAGUACCUUGCCUGUAUGCUGUGAGGGUGGCUGGGGGACUAGAGUCCCCACACACCAACCUCAACCACGGCUUAUUGAGCCUGUAUGCUAUGAUGUACAGGCAUAUGACACGGAAAGUCGAUUAACCAACUUCGGGUGGUAAAGACUUAUUAUAACAAUACCAAAAUCCUAAUUAAGGAAAACAUGUAUUUAAAUUUAGCGUAUGACGUCGCAGGCUGGCCAUAUAGAUUGUGAGAGACAAGAGCAACUGACUGUGAUGAAGGCGGACUCAGUGUAACGCACACACAUGCGGGGGGUCGUAGUGUAAGUGUAUUGUUAAUAUUGAUAUCACUGUAAUAUUUUGUUGUUAAGGUAUAACUCACUGUCGAAAAAGCCUUGUUUAUAAGAGUAUAUUACAAUAAUAGUCUGUUAAAUUAUUUUAUUGUAUUUUAGAUUUGAGAAAUAUUAUGUGUAUAUUCGAGUUGAUGUUCUAAACAUGUUGAUCAGUGAAAUAUUUAUUUACUAAAGGUGUCAAAAGAUACCUGUUUUGAUUUCAGCUAUAUACAUACAUUGUAUUUUAUACUAAGAAUAAAAUUAUGUUUCGCCGUGUUGUACCAUAUGUAUAUGUUUGCUCAUAUAUCUUAGUUAUAACCAUAAGACUAAGAGAAUGCCAUAGUUUGGAACAGGAGCUGUUAAAAUAAUGUCAUAAAUGUGUAUUAAUACUAUUACCAAUCAUUUAAAUCAAUAUUUGUACGUAGCUAAAAUACAGAUUACACUAUUUCAUAUUUUAGAGAAUCUCAUAUCAAGUUUAAAUAUUGAUUAAACUCAAGCAGGCCUAACCAUAUAAGAUUAUUUUUCUAUACAUUUUUUAAAGAAAAUAAAACAGUUUAGUUCUCUUCUCAAUCCAAAAAUGUGUUUUUAGAACAUUUUUUUUACAUUUUCUGUUUUAAUCAAAAAACACUAUUACCCAAUUACAUCGCAUUUCAUUUUACUUCACCUAUUGUACAUUUAUUUUAAAUGUUAUUCAUAUUUAGUUGCUAAUGCAUCUUAUUUUACGUCAAUGUUAGAUCAAUAUAUGCAUUCCUUGUUAAAGAUGAUGUAUUAUAGUUAGAUAUUACAUAUUUAUUGUACAUUGAAAGUUUUAUGUAAGUUUCAAGGUUUUUUGUCACAAUUCAGAAGACACCAUCAACCAGUUAAGGUUUAAGGUCAGUGUAUAAUAUUGUACAUACUGUAUUGUAUUCAACUUUAAUCUACUGAUCUGUCUCAUUGUAGAUUCAAAAUUACCGUGUAUUGAUGACAGAUUAUAUUUCUUUGUAACA